UUUUUUACUGGAUCUGCGAUAGCGCUCCAAGUUUUCUCAGCUCUCAUGGUACUGAUAUUUAGUGCGCUUUUGUUCUGUGCGAUGCCAGCAUCCGUUAGUGGAUGUUCAGGUUCCCUUCCAUUUCUUGCCAUUUUUUCAUCUUCAUUUGAUUGUUGAGACAUCUUCCAGAAAUUUUCCGACCGUCAGAAUGGCUCGUCGACUUAUUGAAACGAACAUUGAAAUGGAGGAAGCGUCGAAGGGGAAUGGCUUCGAUCGAUAUUCUCCUGGGGUUUCCACGAUUUCAACACCAAAUGAAGAGCUUUUCUUCUCUGACGGGACUCGUCGCAUUGACUUCGUAUUAGUGUACCAGAAAUGCCCUGCACUGGAAACCGCUCAAAAUUUGGCUGCAGUGUUGAAGCGGCAAGUUUUUGAAGAAAACCUUCUUGAUGAAGGCUUGCACUUGGAACAAGACGUGCAAGACGACACUAAUCUUGUGUUUGUGAAAAUUCAUGCUCCGCAUGAAGUGCUUACGCGGUAUGCCGAGCUUAUGAAAAUCAGGAUGCCUAUGAAAGAGGUUUGGUUGCGCAAGUUCCGUGGAGCUGCCAUCAACGUUGCGACACCAAAUGAAGUUGUCCAUAAGUUCGGAAAUGUAUGUUCUCGGCUGUUCAGUUUCCUGAACUUCAACAAGUCGGUGUUCCCUCCGCGAAGCAAGAAUUUCACCGCCGUUUACAGCAGAGGAAAAGAAUAUUUGUUCAACGUGUCUGAGAGCAUGUUUAAUCCCGCGAAACGGAUCACCGUAGUUGACUUCAUCCUGAAGAGGAAAGGAUUUACACGGACUGAAGGAGAUGCUGAAAUCGGUAUUGACAAGUUAUUAGCUGACAACGUCUACCUCGCCGCUUUUCCUUUGCACGAAGGAGACGUUCAUGUUCCUGGUUCACUGAGGCACGAUUUGCGGAAGUACUGGGGGUCUUUGUGGAUGUUUUACAAGAACCAGCCUUUGGAUUACGUGCGAGAGUACUUCGGAGUGAAGAUCGGGCUUUAUUUCGCCUGGCUGGGAUAUUACACGUUUAUGCUUUUCCCGGCGAGUUUAGUGGGGUUCUUCUGCUUCCUCUAUGGAUGGUUCACUUUGCCGAACGAUCCUGUAAGUCGGGAUGUGUGCGAUAUGACGCGAAAUGUGACGAUGUGCCCGUUGUGUGACAAGUUCUGUGAUUUCUGGCUUCUGAAUGACUCUUGUUUACAUGCGAAGAUCAACUAUCUGGUGGACAAUCCGUCGACUCUCUUCUUCGCCGUCUUCAUGUCCUUUUGGUCGGCUUUAUUUUUCGAAUUUUGGAAGCGUUAUCGCGUUGCUGUGACGCACAAGUGGGACCUGACCGGAUUCAACAAACUGGAAGAGCAGCCAAGACCCCAGUACCUUGCCAAACUGAAGAACACGGACAAGCGUAAAAUGAACUACGUAACCCGGCAAGAAGAGCCUGCUAUCCCUUUUUGGAGUCUGCAAGUUCCGAUGUAUCUCUGCUCCUUUUCUGCCGUGAUGAUGUUGAUUCUGUUGGCCCUGGCUGCGAUUUUCGGCGUGAUUCUGUACAGGAUGUCCACUCUGACGGCGCUUAGCAUGCAAAGCAGUGAUAAUGUGUUGACUUCGUACGCCAUGAUGUUUACGACUGUCACUGCUGCCUGUCUCAACUUGGUCUGCAUCAUGAUAUUUCAGCAGGUGUACUACAAACUAGCUGUGUGGCUGACAGAGUUGGAAUCGCCGAGAACGCAGAGCGAAUUUGAUGACAGCCUGACUCUCAAGAUUUACUUGUUGCAGUUCGUCAAUUACUAUUCUUCGAUUUUCUACAUCGCCUUCUUCAAAGGCAAAGUGAUCGGCUAUCCCGGGGAAUACAAGCGCAUCUUUGGGUUCCGACAAGAGGAGUGCGGAGUCGGAGUGAUUCAAUUUGGGUUUGUGACAAUAUUUGUGUCGGCGUUCCCGUUGGCGCCGUUAUUUGCCUUGCUGAACAACAUUUUUGAAAUGCGUUUGGACGCCGCGAAGUUGUUGACGUGGUACAGAAGACCGGUUGCUCAACGCGUUUUGGGGAUUGGAAUCUGGUACGAUAUCCUGGAUGCCAUCGGUAAACUUGCUGUGCUGUCAAACGCAUUUAUCAUAGCUUUCACGUCGAACUUCAUCCCGAGACUGGUGUACAAGAUCACGAUGAGCUCAAACGGAACCUUGGACGGAUUUGUGGAGGAUUCUUUGGCCCACUUCAACGUGUCGGAUUUUUCGUCGCUAUACGCACCCAACACGACGGAGUCGAUCACCGUUUGUAGAUACGUUGAUUACCGGCACCCGUAUUGGAAUCCCGAGAAAUACCAAAACACGAGAACCUACUGGCAUAUUUUGGCCGCCAGAUUCGCUUUCAUCGUUAUAUUCCAGAAUGUUGUAUUUUUCAUGAUUAACGUCAUCCGUUGGAUGAUCCCCGACGUUCCAAAGAAACUUGCGGAACAAAUUGCCAGAGAAGAGUUCUUGACGAACCAGUUGAUCAUGACGGAAGAACUCAAGCGAGCGAAAAACCAAACUUGUGCCCGAAGAAUGUCAUCUGUUGUGGGUGCGGAUAUUGUGGAAGGUGAGGAGAAGAAAGACUCAGGUAAUAGUAUCGUUUUACGAGUGGAUGGACCUAUUGUCAUGGCGUCGGAUUCGGAAGAUAUCGCUCUUGCCCCCUUGAAGUCGGAAGUAGAGGAUUCUCCUAAAAAGUAUGAAGCCGGCAUCGUUCGGGAUGAGACUUUUUCCACGGUGCUUUCGGGUGCCAAGGAAGAAGGGCCGGUGGUUAGUGUCACGGAGGUCGUCAAGAAGGGACGUGCCUUGGUCAUUUCUGGUCGGGCAUCCUUUCCUGCCACCACUACUGAUGCAUUGAUUGAAAACAUAGUCUUGGGGAGAGACAUAACUGAUUUCGACAUGUUUUUCGAUGAUGACGAAUCCGACGAUGGCAUGCCGCGGGAUGUGGACCGGGGCUGGGCGUGGAUGGUGUUGUUCGGCGGCUUCCUUGCUUUUAGCGUUCUCUCAGGACUUUUUAAUACGAUGAGUAUCUACUACGUGGUAUUUGUCGGCGCCUUUGGGAAUUCGAAACCGUACACUGCCUGGGCGAGCUCUUUACACGCCGCCUUCUCUUUCCUUGGUGGACCUUUGAGCUCAAUGAUGAUACUCCGGAUCGGGUCGUUGGGGUUGAGCUUGAAUUUCUCAGGCUGGGUGAUUGCACUCGGGACGUACUUCAACAAGAAGCACUCGAUUGCGACGGCUUUGGCGAUGACUGGGUUUGGUUGCGGUUUGUUCUUUUUGGGGCCAGGGAUGGAGGCCAGUGUGAAUUACUAUGGCUGGCGUGGUUCCAUGAUCUUGAACGCUGGGAUAGCGUUGCAGUUCUGCGUAUUCGGUGCUUUAGUGUACCCGAUUACCUUCACUGGGUACAUGAGUCAAGACGGAGACGACGAAACGUUUGAAAAAAAGUUUUUCAAGGAUGAAUGGGGCGAAACCCAAAGUCUACCUCCACCGGAAUCCGAAAGGCUCUUGGAUGAAAAACCGCAACUGCCUGUUGUAGAGGAAAGAGAAAGAAAGAUCAGCACGCUGGGAGAACUGCGCACUCCACCGGCUGAUUUUUGCCGCCCUUUGCACAUACACUCCACCGUUUCAAUGGACACCGCUCUGAGACGAACUGCCUUCGCAUACGUGCCCGGGAAGAGCCACGUGUCGGAAUUGGGAAGCAAACGAACCUAUUCCUCUGCGAGCAUUCGGAGCUUGGGAUCCACGGGUUCCAUGCAUGGUUCCAUGCGGGACAUGAAAUUCUCGCCCGCUGCCGCGUUUUUGUCCCACUCUAUUCGGAGUCUGAAUGAAAUGUCGAGUGGGCAAGGCGGCGGACGGCGGCCUUACAUCACCAUUGGGGUUCGGGAAGGUUCGAGCAACAGUUCCCUGCCAUUCCUCAGCCGGUCUCGAGAAAGCGUGAAAAGUCUGGAAGAUUUCCGGGUUCGCAGCUCGAGUUUCCGCGAGGAAUCCGAGCGGGUUCGCACCCGAACGCAGGUUUACAGGAAACCGCAACCCGUGGAAGAAGUUGAAAACGUUGCUGAAGACCUGGUCAAGUCCUUGAAUGCCCCGGAAGUUGUUUCUUUCAAGCCCAGGAAACCCGAGAAAGUUGGCAAAGGCAAGAAACACAAACAUGCGGUUGUUGAGGCGCCGGCGGUGAAGGAAGACGCUGCGGUUCAGAAAGUGGCGGAGAAGGAACCGGAACCCGUGGCGGAAGCGGAAACCGUGGUCGAAGCUGAGGAGAAGAAAGAAGAACCUGCAGUUUCGAAAUCUCCUGAGAAGAAAAAUGAGCCGGACGAAGUAGAAAUCGUGGAAGACGAAGAAGAGGAAGACGACGACGAUGACGAGUCGGCGGAAGUGUGGAAACUCAAAGCCGCCAUGAAGAAGGCUGGCCAGCGAGCAGUGCCGCCUAAAGCCAGCUUUUUCCGGUUCCUGUAUCCGCAAGACGAGAACCCACGAACCAUCUCCAACAUUGAGGAAGUGGACGAAAGUUCCGCCGGAAGCAUCCUCUCUCUAAAUGCCAUUUUCCGCCGCAAGAGUCGGGAAGUGCUUUCCCGAUUGUCCGAGAAGGUGUCUUCGGAGCUUCUGGCCCUCGGUGGACGUAAUGCGCAGAGCGAUAAACAGCAAGAAGACGUUCCUGGGGAGAUUUGCCAAAUGCAAGGCGAUUGGAAGUCUCAUUUGAAAGCCCUUUGGCACGGCGAAGACGGCGGAGAUUUGCCGCUGUUUCAGGACCCGCGUUUCUGGUGCUUCAACUACUCUGGCCUAGUUUGGAUCAUGGGCACGCUCACUCUGUAUGUUCUUUACAAGGACUUCGCUCUAAAGAAGGGAAUUGUGGAACGUUUCAUCUAUGCCCUGUCCGGACUCGGUCUCGGCGAUCUCAUCGGUCGCCUCUUUUCUGGAACAUUCGUGUCAUGGAGCUGCGUCAAUUCCGUCCUUGUGUAUGCUCUGGUGCAGCUGGCGUGUGGUAUAAUAAUUUUGUACCACAUUACAAUCACGAAUUCGGAAGAAUUCAUAAUUUUGUGCGUGUGUCUGGGCAUUUGUUAUGGCACGCAAAAUGUCCUUCUUGCUGUCGCACCUGCGGAAGUUUACGGCUCAUCGCACUUGACUGUGGUGUUCGGUUACAUCUUGUUCUUCUGUGGAAUCGGUGCCAUUCUUGGACCUCCUAUUGCCAGUUUGCUGCUACAACACUACAACGACUACUUUCCGGUUUUCAUUUUUGCUGGAACGGCUACGUUGACUGGAGGACUUGUGUCUCUGAUAUGUUUCUACAUAGACUGGAGAUGGAGAAAGGAGAAGAUGCUGAAAAGGGAGCAGCUGAAGCAUCGGGAUGAAGAGGCGAUAAUGGAAACUCAAAACUAGGGAGGUAUAGUUUACUUUUUUUUUUAAAGGUGUCAUCUUCAACUAUUGCGAGGUGUUCAAUUUUGUUCAAAGGCAUUUUUGUGUUACGAACCCCCUGUGCUUUUUUUGUUUUUGAUUGAGUGAGUAUGAGUUGUGAAAAAGAGGAAGAAUCAAACCCUGAAUAUCAUUCUUGAGCAUUCAACCAAAACGUGCAACUUCUUUCCAUGCUUUAUGAGAAGAAACUUGAGAACUCGAGGCUCUGUGAACAGGCGUGCACUUGGCAUUAUUUUUUGUGUUCAUGGAGCCACGGCAAACAUUUUCGCACUUUCUUGUACUAUACACAUUGCUAUUUUAUUAUAGAAACGCAGCGAUUCCAUGUUCGAAUGGGAGGAUUUUGAUGCUGUGUGAAUUGUUUAUGUUGGUCCAGCUGUGGUUUUUGCUGAGUUAUUGCACAUUCUGUAAUGUGAACAGCGCUUUUAGCUCAGAAACUGUUCCCUUUUUAUUGGAUUGUGCUGGAUAUUUAUGCCGUGGUUUUGACUUGGAGUUAAUAAAGUUGGAACUAAUAAAG